CAUGGCGCCUCGAGGGGGUGGGCGGAGCUUUGCGUUACGUGAGGCCGUGGGGCGGAGCGGCGGAGGAGGAGACGGGUCGUGGCAACUGGGCAAGCUGCAGCGUCAGUGAUCCAACGAUGUCAGAUUGGGAAGGGGUGGAGGCGUUUUGUAAAGACACGUUUUGGAACGAAACACUAUCUUGGAACACUACCAGCCCUGACCUUACAUUAUGCUUUGAACGGACGGUUUUGGUGUGGGUGCCAUGCGGGUUUUUGUUACUGCUGGCACCUGUGGAGGUGUCAAAUCUUCGCCAAAGCGUGGACAGACUGGUGCCAUGGAGUUUCAUCAACAUCUCAAAGCUGUCGGUUGUAAUGGCACUGAUGGUUAUUCAGUGCAUCAACUUCUUUUAUGCCGUCCACCAAGACAGCAACGGGGAGGAUGUGCCAGCAGUUGAUUAUGUUACUCCUGCACUUAUCUUUGCCUCAUUGAUAGUCUACAUGGUAUUUUUGCUGCUGAAUAAGAAAAGAGGCCUGCAAAGGUCUGGUUAUCUUUUCCUGUAUUGCUUCCUUCUAAUGGUGUGCAGCAUUCCAGAGUUCAGAUCACUGAUCAUCCAAUACACUGAUGAUGAUCAAUCUUAUGAUGAAAUGCGCUUUGUCACCUUCAUGAUAUUCUUCCCACUUACUUGUGUCCUGUGGCUCCUCAACUGCUUCAGCGAUGCGACGCCUGAGUACAUCUUUUUCCCUCGUGGCCAGAAACCAUACCCAGAGACUGGUGCCUCCUUCCUGAGCCACAUCACCUUCGCCUGGAUAGACCCACUCAUUUGGAAGGGAUACAGGAAGCCUCUUGUGCAGGAUGAUAUGUGGAACAUCCAGUAUGAGAAUGCCACCAACACCAUCGUGACCAAUUGGGAUAGGAACUGGAAAAAGACCCUCAGAAAGGCAGGAAAAAAAUCAGGGAAUUCUGAUGGAAAUACUCCAUUCCUCAACAAUUCAGCACGGGUGGAGCCAGGUGAUGCAGGUAGAAAAAAAGAGAAAAAGAAACUCUCCAUCCUCCCUACCAUGAUACGCACCUUUGGCUUACCCUUCCUAUUUGGUGCUUUCCUCAAGCUUAUCAAUGACAUGCUGCAGUUUGUUAGCCCCCAGAUUCUGAGCAAACUCAUUGAGUUUACAGAAACAACGAGGGAGGAUGUGCCUCAGUGGCAUGGUUACUUCUAUGCUCUAGUGCUGCUGGUGGCUUCCGAGUUUCAGUCAUUGCUUUUAUCGCAGUAUUUUAGAAGGAUGUACCUGAUUGGCCUUCGAAUACGCUCAGCCAUAAUAUCUGCAGUAUACAAUAAGGCCUUGCUUAUCUCCAGCUCAGCCAAAAAGGAAUCAACUGUUGGGGAGAUUGUCAACUUGAUGUCCGUGGAUGCUCAGCGCUUCAUGGAUCUUAUGGCUUACAUCAACAUGCUCUGGUCAGCGCCUUUCCAAAUUGCUCUGGCUCUCUACUUCUUAUGGCAACAUCUUGGUCCAUCUGUGUUGGCUGGGGUUGCUGUGAUGGUGAUCCUAAUUCCUGUUAAUGGUUUUAUUGCCAAUAAGACCAAGAUUCUCCAAAUCAGUCAGAUGAAAAUGAAGGACAAGCGUGUUAAGCUUAUGAAUGAAAUCCUAAAUGGCAUCAAGGUGCUGAAGCUGUAUGCUUGGGAACCCUCAUUUGAGGAUCAAGUGUUGGACAUCAGAAACAAGGAGGUUAAGGUGUUGAAGAAAGCUGCUUAUCUUAAUGCUGGCACCUCCUUCAUUUGGACCUGCACCCCAUUUUUGGUGGUAUUUGCUUGUCUCACAACCUACGUGUUUGUUAACAGCCACGCCACAUUGACUACUCAGAAAAUAUUUGUGUCUAUUGCAUUGUUAAAUAUUCUACGUAUGCCACUGGGGUUGACACCCAUUAUUUUGGCUUAUACAAUCCAGGUAGCCCUGGUAUCAUUUGGAGCAUAUCUCACUGUAUCACCUGAAAAUAUCUUGGAUGCAAAAACAGCUUUUGUAUCUAUCUCUUUGUUUAAUCUACUCCAAUUCCCCAUCACAAUGAUGCCCAUGAUAAUCUCCAGCUUGGUUCAGGCAAAUGUCUCCCUCAAAAGACUAAACAGAUUCCUGAAUUCAGAUGAACUGGAUCCAAACUGUGUCUCGCAUGACAGCCAGGAAGAGCAUCCUGUUGUGAUCAAGAAUGGAACCUAUGCUUGGGGUCAUGAAGAGGAGGAUGGAAAACCAAUUCUCCAAAAUUUGAAUCUGACAGUAGAGAAGGGCUCCCUGGUGGCUGUGGUGGGCACUGUUGGGGCUGGAAAGUCUUCCCUCUGUUCAGCCAUCCUUGGGGAGAUGGAGAAGCAGAGUGGCACACUGAAUGUUACGGGGAGUAUAGCAUAUGUUGCCCAGCAAGCAUGGAUUCAAAACGCCACAGUGGAAAACAACAUCCUCUUCAACCAAGCCAUGGAUAAGGAUCGUUACAAUGUCUCCAUACAAACCUGUGCUCUUGCUCCUGAUCUUGAAAUGCUACCUGGAGGAGAUCAAACAGAAAUAGGAGAAAAGGGAAUCAACUUAAGUGGUGGACAGAAGCAGAGAGUCAGUUUGGCACGAGCAGUCUACUCUGAUGCAGACAUUUACCUGCUGGAUGAUCCCCUGAGUGCUGUUGACUCUCAUGUUGGGAAGCACAUCUUUGACCACGUCAUUGGACCCAAAGGAGUAUUAAAGGGCAAAACACGUAUCUUGGUGACUCAUGGCAUUACAUACUUGCCUAGGGUUGACAGAAUUAUAGUGAUGAAGAAUGGGCAGAUCUCAGAGCAGGGCACAUAUGCUGAAUUGGUGGAGAAUAAGGGAGAGUUCAACGAGUUUCUUCUUCAGUAUCUCUCUGAGAAGGGUGAAGAAGCAUUUGAUGAUGACCUUGAGGAGCUAAAAGAUAUCAGACAGAACUUGGAGAACAAGAUAGGACGAGAAGCUCUCCAGCGCCAAAUUUCUCGUAAGAGGCAAGAGUCGGAGUCAGAAAGUAUAGGGAGUGAGAGAGCUCGACACAGCACAGAGGAGAAGCCCAGAAGGGAGAGCUUAAGGUCCAAGAAGAUUAGUGAAUCUGAGAAGCCUAAGUCCCUGUUGCCUGCCUCCCCCGUCCUGGACGAAAAGAAAACUGGCGAAAAACUCAUUCAAGCAGAAAAGGCACAGACCGGAAAAGUCUCCUUCGGUGUAUAUGGCUACUACGUUCGGAAUAUUGGCUUUGUUGCCACAUCAUUCACAGUUAUAUCCUACGUACUGUCACAAGCCUGCUCUGUAGGUUCCAAUGUGUGGCUUACUGCUUGGUCUGAAGUGGAUCUUGAUGAGAAUGGUGAAAUGGACACGGCUGUACGUGACAAGUACCUGGGAGUGUACACAGCUCUGGGAGUGGGGCAAGCCCUUUUCAUUCUGGGAGGGGCAUUUACCCUAUCCUAUGGAUGCCUGGAUGCAGCGAAGGAGCUUCAUUCAAGACUCUUAAGAACUGUGUUGCGGCUCCCCAUGUCCUUCUAUGAUACCACUCCUAUAGGUCGCCUAGUUAACAGGUUCAGCAAAGAUGUGGACACACUUGACAGUGUCCUGCCUUGGUCCAUUAGAUCUUGGCUUGUGUGUUUCUUUACGGUGGUAGCAACCUUCGUAGUGAUACUUGCCGCUACAGUAGAGUUUGCUUAUGUCAUGGUGCCGACACUGAUCAUCUAUUAUUUUGUUCAAGUACUGUAUGUGGCAACCUCAAGACAGCUGAAGCGCAUUGAGUCGGUGUCCCGCUCACCCAUCUACUCCCACUUCCAGGAGACUCUCCAGGGAGCUCCCACCAUAAGAGCAUUUGGGAAGCAACAUGUGUUCAUCAAAGAGUCAGAGAGCAGAGUGGAUUUCAACAUGAUCAGCUCCAAUCCCAGCAUUAUGGCUAACAGGUGGUUGGCAGUGAGGCUGGAAUUCAUUGGCAAUAUCAUGACGUUUUCAGCAGCCAUGUUUGCUGUUGGCAGGAGAGGAUCUAUUUCAGGAGGAGUUGUUGGCCUCUCAGUCACCUAUGCUCUCUCGGUAACACAGACUUUGAAUUGGCUUGUGAGAAUGACAUCAGAUGUUGAAACCAACAUUGUGUCUGUGGAGCGUAUUAAGGAAUACACAGAAACCCCACAGGAGGCACCCUGGGAUAUACCUAACAAGAAGCCACCUAAGGAGUGGCCUCAAGAAGGGGUGGUGAUGUUUAACAAAUAUGCCACAAGGUACCGUGAAGGGUUAGACCUAGUGGUGAAGGAUAUAAAUGUCCAUAUUAAUUCUGGAGAGAAGAUUGGUAUUGUGGGAAGGACAGGGGCUGGAAAGUCCUCCAUGACACUUGGCCUCUUCCGCAUCAUUGAAGCUGCUGAAGGCAACAUUACCAUAGACGGGGUCAACAUUGGUGAGAUUGGCCUGCAUGACGUGCGUGGCAAGCUAACCAUCAUCCCUCAGGACCCUGUGUUGUUUAGUGGGACACUGCGAAUGAACCUGGACCCCUUUAAUUUGUACAGUGAUGAAAAGGUGUGGUCUGCCUUAGAGCAUGCACAUCUCAAGGGAUUUGUCAGCACUCUUUCUGCUGGCCUUCAGCAUGAGAUUUCAGAAGGAGGAGACAACCUUAGUGUGGGCCAGAGGCAGUUGGUAUGUCUGGGUAGGGCUCUCCUGCGCAAGACCCGCGUCCUAAUCCUGGAUGAGGCUACGGCUGCUAUUGACUUGGAGACUGAUGAUCUCAUCCAACAGACCAUCCGAACAGAGUUUGUGGACUGUACUGUGCUGACCAUUGCACAUCGCCUCAACACAAUCAUGGACUCCUCCAGAGUACUGGUGCUGGACCGAGGUAUGGUGAAAGAGUUUGACACCCCAUCUUCAUUACUCGAAAGUAAAUCUUCUGCAUUCUACAGUAUGGCAAAGGAUGCAGGACUGGUGUAAGAAUAAUAUAAAUAUCAUGCCAGAACAUUUUUUAAGUGUUUACUAGGAAGGGACAUGUAGCAUUUAAGGAAUCAAUGUACUAAUAAAGUUCCUGAAUUGUAAGAAUUUUCUUGUUAUUGAUAAAAGAGCAAAUGCCUUGAGUGUGAUUUGGCUGUAUUCUAGUGUUCACAAGGUAAAUUAUGAAUGAAUGAGUAUGUACAUGUUUGCUGCCGUGUGAGUUUCAGUGAAGUUUGUAUUUUAUCAUCAUAUGAUGUUACCAUAUAGGAUGUCAUAAUUUAUUAGCUCACCACUGUUGAAGUUAGUACUUAAUAAAUGAAACUAUUUUCAAUAUGAAAACAAAGUAGAUUUUACUUUUGUUUUUCAUACAUAUGAAAUAAAAAAAUAUGCUUUA